AUGGCGAACGAGCGUGAGAGGUACGCCAUGCCGACAGACGAAUUUACUACGUCCCAGACGGCCACUAACUCAGACGAUAGCAAGACGUUCCUCGCGCGGCUGUGCGAACAGGCCGAGCGCUACGAUGAGAUGGUCAGCUACAUGAAGGAAGUCGCAAAGAUCGGUGGUGAGCUCACGGUCGACGAGCGCAACCUGCUUUCGGUCGCCUACAAGAACGUGGUCGGCACGCGUCGUGCUUCCUGGCGCAUCAUCUCCAGCAUCGAGCAGAAAGAGGAGGCCAAGGGCGUUGAGAAGCAUGUCGGCAUCAUCCGCGAAUACCGUCAGAAGAUCGAGGCCGAGCUUGAGGGCGUCUGUGAGGAUGUGCUCAACGUUCUCGACGAGAGCUUGAUCCCAAAGGCGGAGACCGGUGAGAGCAAGGUGUUCUACCACAAGAUGAAGGGAGACUACCACCGCUACCUCGCCGAGUUUGCAUCUGGCGAGAAGCGCAAGACCGCUGCCACCGCUGCGCACGAUGCUUACAAGAACGCCACCGACGUCGCCCAGACCGAGCUCACCCCAACCCACCCCAUCCGUCUCGGCCUCGCCCUGAACUUCUCGGUCUUCUACUACGAGAUCUUGAACUCACCAGAUCGCGCAUGCCACCUCGCCAAGCAAGCCUUCGACGACGCCAUUGCCGAGCUCGACAGCCUCUCCGAGGAGUCCUACCGCGACAGCACUCUCAUCAUGCAGUUGCUCCGCGACAACCUCACCCUCUGGACCUCAUCGGAUGGUGGAGAGCCAGAUGCCGCUGCCGCCGGUGAGGCCGCUAAGGGCGAGGAGAAGGCACCUGAGGCAGACAAGCCGGCAGCUACGGAGGCUGAGGCGGCACCUGCGUCUUAG